GAUAUCUCAGAUGGAAACAUGAAAAACACAAAAGAGGAGAUUAAAAAUGUAUUAAUCGACAAUGCUGUGCAGGAUAUUGAAAGAAUAAGAGUUAAAAAAAAUGAAUCGGAAUAUGAUAAAAUAUUAGACACUUUGAUAGAAGACUUAAUGAUAAUUGAAACAUAUAGGUAUACUAUUCGAUUAACUAUACCGAAAUCUAGGGAAUGGUGUUCUGAUAUUUUGCCACAUUUAGAUGAAAAUCGGUUCAUUCAAAUGAUACGAGUAAAUCUUGGUGUAUUUAAUUUUAUUCUUUCGAAAAUACAGAACGAUCCAGUAUUUCAUGGUUGCAAUUCCUGUCAUCAAUUUCCUAUACAAGUUCAAUUAGCUGUAGUUCUGUUUCGGUUAGGUUCGAGUGGCGAAUCAGCAUCUAUUCGUAAAAUAGCAGCUAUAUUUGGAAUUGGAGAUGGAGGAACCAUAGAGAAAAUUACGUCUCGAGUAUUUAAAGCUAUACAAAGGUUGAGGUCGCAGUACAUUUAUUGGCCAAAUGGUGAAGAAAGGAAAAUGAUAGUUGCAUCCACUUAUAAUGAGCUUCCGUAUUGUAUUGGAUAUAUGGAUGGAACGGAAAUUAAAUUGUCUGAAGCUCCCGUUGUAGACAAAGAAUCUUAUUUUUCAAGGAAAAAAAUAUAUAGUAUUAAAGCUCAGGUUAUAUGUGACGCUAAAUUAAUUAUUCGUCAAGUUACUGUGGGCCAUCCAGGGAGUGUGCAUGAUGCAAGAAUAUUUACUGCAUGUAAUUUAUCAAAUGAUCCCUUGCGAUACCUUUCACCUCCAGAAUGGAUUGCAGCUGAUAGUGCAUAUAAAUUAACAGAAAAUGUUAUUACUCCUUACAAGAAGAAUUCUAGACAGGUUUCUGCAAAUGUUCAAAAAACUUUCAAUUAUACAUUCAGCAAGUACAGAGUUAGAGUGGAACAUUGUAUAGGACUACUUAAGGAACGCUUUUCAAGUUUAAAAGAAUUAAGAUUAAGAAUUCAUACAAAAGAAAGCAAUAAAUUGGCAUGUGAUUGGUUUAUUGUGUGCUGUAUAAUACAUAAUCUAGUAAUAACUGAAAAAGAGGAUUGUUACAUGGAUAUUGCAGAUUAUGUAAUGGAAAAUUAUGAAGUUUGUGAACUAGAAGGUCGUGAAAAUCAUGAAUGUGCGUUUCAACUUAAUGAAAAUGUUAGGGCAGAGAUGAAACGAAAAGCGAUUUCUACAUUGAUGCUUGCUCAAUAGCCAUAGUUUACUAACAA